AUGUACGUGAUGGAUUUAGAGAAGAAAACAUGCAAACCUGACGGUGUUCCGAAAAUACUAAAAGAGCGGGCGGCUUGUGCAUGGGUAGAUGGCGAAAACCUCCUUGGACCUGUGGUUGGUAACUUUUGCAUGGAUUUGGCAAUACAAAAAGCAAAGCAAGCUGGUGUCGGUUGGGUAGUUGCAAAAGGUCCGCCCUUUCAACCUUUGAAAAUCAUAGUUCAAGAAUUUGUUUUAGGGUCAAACCAUUACGGAAUUGCUGGCUGGUAUGUCAUGAGAGCGAUGCGAGAAGGCGUUAUAGGGAUGUCAAUGACGAACACCUCUCCAAUAUCAUAUCCAACCAGGUCUUCUCAGCCGGCGCUAGGAACCAAUCCUAUAGCUGUCGGUGCUAACGGGACCUCAGGUGAUUCG